AUGCGCACGGUACGCAUCUCUUUCGAUAAUAACAAGCUUAAAGAAACCUAUCCAAUGGCAUUAAGAGGUUAUAUUACACCCGUCGAUUUUUUUUCUCGUGUCCAAGUACUCAACACUAUCCUUCAUCGACGUCAAAAGUUUCGUCGCUUAUUUCGUAAUUUGUUCAUUGGUUCCAUCAUCGUCGCCGCCUUAACCGCUUUUGUAUUACUAGCUAUGAUAUUAAAGCGGAUUAAUACGGGCGACAACUCCCACACAUCAACCCACGCAAAUGAAAACGGCUUUAGUAGUCGGAUAACUCAACCAUUACGAGAAAACCAUGAUGAAGUAAUUGCGGAAAAGUUCAUCCAAGUGGAUAUAAUUUCAACCAGUCUUUCUAUAUCAGAAACUUCAAUACACAUACAUAAUUCCAAUUAUUCUCAGCACGGCAGCACAAUAUCAUUAUCGACAACACCACCGCCGUCGUAUGAAGUGGCUAUAACGGAUCCGCCUCCAUCUCUGCCACCAUGUAACUCUUAA